CGAACACGCCUGGCAAGGACGCCGUUAACGGUGACGACCGUCGCUCGUCCAAAAUGUCAUACAUCUCGAACGCCGACGCUGAGAAUCCGUACCAUGGUGACCUUGAGGCGGAAGCUGCCGAAUACCACGGAGUGAACGCCAUCAAGUACGUGAUCCUGCGUGUCGCCAUCAUCGUGGUGUUGGUCAUCCUCUCGGUUAUCCUGAAGGAUCACUUUUCGGACCUGGUGGAUUUCGUGGGCGCUUCGUGCAUCACGCUGAUCAGUAUUCUGCUGCCCAUUAUUUUCCUGCUUAAGAAGCUGUGGCACGAGAUUCCCCUGUACGAGAAGAUCCCGGCGCUCAUCGUCGUGGUCGUGUGCGGCUUCCUGGGCUGCUACGUGACGUACACAUCCGGCAAAACGUUGUUCGCGCCGACGGACUCGGAUACGGAGUUCCCGUACUGCGACAGUGAAUACGAGAACCAGGUGUACUACAACUACACUGCCGUCCACGGUGCGUAAGUGUGCACGAUGAAAGACGUAGCUGUAGCAGCGUAGCAUAGUUCGUAGUUUUAAUACCUUGUCAGUAUUGAGUUCGUUAUGGCAAUGUGUUUGAUGG